AUGACAGUUCCUUAUUUAAAUUCAGGCAGAAAUGUUGCAUCUUACUUACAAACACAAUCACAUCAAGAAAAGACUUUGAAGGAGAGAUUCAGUGAAAUCUACCCCUCUCAUGCUCAAGACGUAAAACAGUUCGUCAAGGAGCACGGGAAAACAAAAAUUAGUGAUGUUCUACUAGAGCAAGUAUACGGUGGUAUGAGAGGUGUUCCAGGAAGCGUAUGGGAAGGUUCAGAAUUGGAUGCAGAGGAAGGUAUUCGUUUCAGAGGCCGUACGAUUGCUGACAUUCAGAAGGAAUUGCCAAAGGCAAGGGGAAGCUCACAACCUCUACCAGAGGCUUUAUUUUGGUUAUUAUUGACCGGUGAAGUUCCUACUCAAGCGCAAGUGGAAAAUUUAUCCGCUGAUCUAAUGUCUAGAUCAGAAUUGCCUCAUCAUGUCGUACAGCUUUUAGAUAAUUUACCAAAGGACUUGCAUCCAAUGGCUCAAUUAUCGAUAGCAGUGACCGCCUUGGAAAGUGAAUCCAAAUUUGCCAAGGCUUAUGCUCAAGGUAUCUCCAAGCAAGACUAUUGGAGUUACACUUUUGAAGAUUCAUUAGAUUUGUUGGGUAAACUACCAGUUAUUGCUGCUAAAAUUUAUCGUAACGUGUUUAAAGACGGCAAGAUGGGCGAAGUGGACCCAAACGCUGAUUAUGGUAAGAACUUAGUCAACCUGAUCGGCUCAAAAGAUGAAGAUUUUGUGGAUUUAAUGAGAUUGUAUUUGACCAUUCACUCAGAUCAUGAAGGUGGUAACGUAUCUGCCCAUACAUCUCACCUAGUGGGAUCUGCAUUGUCCUCUCCUUAUUUGUCCCUUGCAUCGGGUUUAAAUGGGUUGGCUGGUCCAUUACACGGACGUGCUAACCAAGAAGUCCUAGAAUGGUUAUUUGCACUCAAAGAAGAAGUCAAUGAUGACUACUCUAAAGAAACUAUUGAAAAAUAUUUAUGGGACACCCUGAAUUCAGGUAGAGUCAUUCCUGGUUACGGCCAUGCCGUGCUGAGGAAAACAGACCCUCGUUACAUGGCUCAACGUGAAUUUGCUUUGGAUCAUUUCCCAGAUUACGAGCUAUUUAAGUUGGUCUCAUCGAUAUUUGAAGUAGCACCAGCCGUGUUAACCGAACACGGUAAGACUAAGAACCCAUGGCCAAACGUGGAUGCCCAUUCAGGUGUCCUGUUACAAUAUUACGGCUUAAAGGAAUCGUCAUUCUAUACCGUUUUAUUCGGGGUUUCAAGAGCGUUUGGUAUUCUAGCUCAAUUGAUUACCGACAGAGCUAUAGGUGCUUCAAUUGAAAGACCUAAAUCAUACUCUACUGAAAAAUACAAAGAAUUAGUCAAGAACGUUGAAAGUAAACUAUAA